AUGGACCAACUCAACAGUGAGAGCACAGGUAGUAGUAAUGACUUGUUUAGAUUCCGGCUGCGGCGAUCUCGGUCACAGCACCAAGUCCUCCGCCGGCAGCCGUCCAAUUCUAUACUCAGGCCAGCAUGGUGGAAGUUCCUCUUACUCUUGGCAGCCUUCAUGUUGGUGCUUCUACCCUCGAAGAUGCGACUCAUUUCCCGGAGACCGUUUGAAUUGGAAUCAGAGAGAACUCCUCACUUGGUGGCGGUGGUGGACGUUCUUUCUGACAACCGCACGCGGCCAGGCUUCCGGUCGCCUGUCCAAUCAGGAGAAUCUGCAGCAGCUAUUGGCCAAGCUAAUUUGAAUCAUGUUUCAAGCGGAGGAAGCUCAGCUCCAGCUUCUGCGCCACCCAAAUCUACUGCCAAUGUCACCGCCGGCAGCGGACCUUACCACGACUGGGCACUUUUCUCGGCCGAUUAUAAAGAAAUGAUGAGCAAUCUCAGAAUCUUCGUGUACCCUGAAGCUGCCCCAACUGCACCCCCUUCGCCAUUUCACAGCAUCUUCCUCCCGCAACCAGAAGCAUUCAAGAACCCGAAACUAGGGAAUUAUUUCAGUGAACAUGCCUUCAAGGUGGCUCUUCUUCGCAGUCCACUAGUUACCAAACAUCCGGACCAGGCUAAUUUCUUCUACAUGCCUUUCUCUAUCAAUGCCAUGCGUAAUCAUCCCCAAGUGCAUUCGGCUUCAUCCAUUUCCGAUUUCAUUGCCCAGUACACCACCAAUGUUAGUUCCCGAUUCCCUUAUUGGAAUGCCUCUGGAGGUGCUGAUCACUUUUAUGUCUACUGUCAUUCCAUUGGCCGGGAAGCCGCCUCCAAACACCGUGCUCUGCACAACAAUGCUAUUCAAAUCACCUGCUCAUCCAGCUAUUUCCAGAGGCUGUAUACUACCCACAAGGACAUUGCAUUACCCCAAAUAUGGCCUCGCCAACAGGAGCAGGACCUGGCUUCAUGCCAACCACCUGAGUUCAACAGCAGGAAUAAACUCAUUUUCUUUGCUGGGCGAGCGCAAAAUUCCCUAAUCCGACAGAGGAUACUGGAUGCAUGGAGCAAUGACACAUCACUAGCCGUAUCAUCUGGUGUUGGUUCUUCCCUUCAAUAUGAGGAAGGCUUCAAAAGAAGUAAAUUCUGCCUUCACAUCAAAGGCUAUGAGGUCAACACAGCAAGAAUCAGCGAUGCUAUACACUAUGGCUGCAUUCCAGUUCUAAUUUCCAACUACUACGACCUUCCACUCGCAGACGUACUGGAUUGGAAAGAGUUCUCCAUUGUCAUCCAGGAAGCAGAUUUCAAACAGCUGAAACAGAUAUUGCUAUCCAUAUCACAACAAAGGUACCAAAGACUGUACAGCAAUCUCUGCCUCAUUAGAAAACACUUUACAUGGCACGCUACUCCAACAAGUUUCGACGCCUUUUACAUGACAGCAUACCAACUAUGGCUGAGACGAGGUUUAAUCCGACUAACUAAAUGA